AUGGCAUUCAGAGUAUCACCUUCGCUUCUCAAGAGGCAACGUGAGCUGAAGAGAGGAACACGGUUCACGUUGAUGGUGUGUGGGCCCUCAGGAACAGGGAAAACGUCGUUUGUGAACUCGCUUGUGGAUAAGAACAUCCUUGCACACAGAUAUCAGGCGAGCGGUACCAAGAGUGGCAAAAAGGCGGAUGAGGACAUGACGAUUCCUAAAACGGUGACCUUUUCGAACAUCAGCGGGGUGAUCGAGAACGCGGCAGAGGCCAGGAGGGCGUUUGAUCCGCAAACAGCCAAUAAGGAGCCGGGAAUCGCGAUUACAGAGACAGAAGUGGAAAUUGUGGAUGAUGACGACUCGAAGUUGUUUUUAAAGGUGGUGGACACGCCCGGAUUCGGCGAAAACUUGGACAACACGCUCUGCGUGAACGAGAUAUGCAACUAUCUGGAGCAGCAGUUCGAUAUGGUGCUUGCUGAAGAGACGAAAGUUAGGCGUAAUCCUAGAUUUCAAGACACCAGAGUUCACGCAUGCCUCUACUUCUUGCCACCAACUGGGCACGGACUCCGGGAGUUGGAUGUGCUGGCGAUGAAGCGGAUGGCGAAGUAUGUGAACGUGAUUCCGGUCGUUUCAAGGGCGGAUUCAUUCACCAAAACAGAGUUGAUCAACUUUAAGAGGCGAAUCAACGAGGAUAUCGAGCGGAUGCACAUCCCAGUGUUCCAGUUUUCGUGUGAUGAGGAUGAGGACGAGCCCGAGAUCGUGGAAGAGGCCCAUUUCCUCCAGCAUCUCCAGCCGUUUGCAAUUGUGACGUCAGACGAAGUGGCAACGUUGAAAAACGGCACCAGGACACGUGUCCGGAGCUAUCCGUGGGGCCAGGUCGAUAUAAACGACCCGGACUUGUCCGAUUUCGCCAUCUUGCGGUCGACCGUGCUGGGUUCGCACUUGCAGGACUUGAAAGACAUCACGCACGACUUUUUGUACGAGAAUUAUCGUACCGAACGUUUGUCUGCAGUCUCCGGUCUUAAGGGAGACUUUCCACGUGAUACGACUGCAGCAAGUCUUGCUGCAUCGACUGCAGACGCUCCGUCGAUGUCGAAUUUGGCGGCAAUUGCCAACUCGAGGUCGAUGCGGCAGUUUGGGGGCGCCGGCGGCGAAAAGGAGCAAGAAGGUGCCGAAAGGGAUCAAGAAGGUGCCGAAAGGGAGCAAGAUGGUGCAGAAAAGGAUGCAGAUGGUGCGGAAAAGGAUGCAGAUGGUGCAGAUGGAGAAACGCCAAACCACGAAAACAGCUCCAGCAUGCUAUAUCCAGAAAGCAGCACUGCAAAGAUGCCAGACUUGCUCCGGAUGAAGACUUCCUCGGGAUACAGCUUGGGAGACGACCAGGAGUUGAAGUCCAUGACCACAGACGAGGAUUCGGAUGCCGGCGGCAACGCUGGUGCCAAGAGUCCGUCCGUCGGCUCAUCCAGGGCCGGAUCCGGCACUUCGGCGGCAGAAACAAGCAAGGAAAGCAUGGUUGUCGACACCAGAAGGCUCCGCAAGAUCAGCGAGACCGUUCCGUACAUGUUGAGGCACCAGAAUCUGUUGACAAAGCAGCAGAAACUCGAGGAGUUGGAGCGGAGGUCUGCCUUGAGUCUUGCAAAGAGGGCUGCCGAGUUGGAGAAGAAGGCCAUGCAGCUCAAGUUGAAGGAGAAGCGUCUCAAGGAGAGGAUUGCGUCCCGCGGCACUGUUGCCGAAUCCAGCUCCUCUGCUUCUGUGCGAACUGCUUCAUCUGGUUGA